AUGGCUAAGGGUAAUUUCAGACGGAACGGCCUGGUAUUCGCAACUGCGCUAACGUGUAUAGCCGCACUGGUCGCGGGUCUAGUGCUAGCGAUCGUAGCGGAAAGAGAAGCCGUAACCCUCAAGAAGGGACCUAAAACGUACAAGACGGUCACUACUGGCCAAUGGUCAGAUGCCCAGUAUCCCAGAAUCCACUCCAGUUGCGACAGCACUGAUGUGGAUUAUAUCACUAAGGCAUUUGCUGACACCCAUGACGUCACUUCUUACGCAAAGGAGCAGUUAUCACACAAGAACAGUGUUGAUUCUGAGGUCUACAAGCGUUGGUUUGGUGACGGUAAGCUAUAUGAGGUUUUAGGUGUAGUGGAGGGUUUGGCUAAUAUCUCGAAAACUAAUCUACUUCUGCGCUGUGACGACGCGGAUGGAUUAUGUGCGAAAAAUCCAAACUACUACGCCGGCUACCACCGUGAAGCCGAUAUGUUCGAGACUGUAAUCUGCGACUACUUUUACGAGGCCCGUGUACCACUAACAUCCAUGUGUACUAAGGGAAAUAUCACUCAAUAUGGGCCUACGAAAUAUGCGGGUAUCGACUUAUUGCAUCGUUACUUCCACAUCUCGAGCAUAAGCCAAAACGAAUUUAUCGGAGAAUUCACUGACGACUUAGACGAAACUCUUGACUUGGCAGAACAUAAUUCGACUUUCGCCGUUAGGAAUGUUGACAAUUAUCUUUACUUUUUGGCAGAUGUUUGGGGCAACAAAGUCAAAAGUGGUGGUUGUUUCGAUAACUGA